AUGCGUCUUCUGUUGGGGGUGGCAAAUACUGCUCCAUCAUGACUCUUUCAAUGGCUGAGCAGACCAUGUAGACAGAGUUACGAACAGUUGUCACGCCAAGACGAUAGCUGAAUGCAAGGCUCUCAAAUGAAUCUCCAGAUGCCAAAUACCUGUAUAGACAGAAAAAGAGAAGCUGAGUCAAAUCUAAAUGUUUGUUUCUUUUGCAGUGAAAUGGGUUAUUGCCAAGUGGAGAACCCUGAGAGAUGGUUAUGUGAAGGCACGAAACAGGGUUGCAAAUCUCCCAAGUGGCUCCAAAGCAGAGGCUGUGAGGGAACAUAAAUAUGCCAAGUUGAUGGCAUUCUUGGACCCAUACAUACAGUCCAGAAGUUCAAGGAGCAAUUUGGACCUGCUGCAACCAGCUGCAUGGCAGGAAUCAGACAUCCACCCUACCCCACCAACAGAUGUCUGCACUGAAAAACAGAGGCCAAGUUCAGCAGCAUCCACCUCAGGCCAGUGUGCGUUGAGCAUAACAGAAAGGCCUUCAAGGUCACGUAGCCCAAGAGCCCCGGCCACAUCACAGCCCAAUGCAUCUGGACGAGCCACAAAAAAACCAGACAUUGCUGAUCGCCUGCUGAGCAUCCUGAAUGAGCCACAGACUCCCCAUGUACCUGUGAGUCUGGCUGAUGAGUCUUAUCAUUUUGCACUGAGCAUUGUGCCAAUGCUUAUAAGGCUCAGUAGUGCAAACAGACAGAAGGCCAAGGUCACCAUUUUGGAGACUUUGUCCAGUCUGGAAGAGUCAGAGUCAACAGCCAACACCACCCUUGCCCCCACCACUAGUGUUGUUGUCCUCAUGCAGUUCACAGGGAGUUUGCAGAAAUGCAACCCCAACCCCCUCCCCAUCAUAUUCCUCAGUGAUUAUCCCUUCAAGGCAGCUGUGGCCUGCUGGACAGGCAUCAGUUUCCUUUACCCCCCGCCCUUCAAAAUGCCCAACACCCCCCGGUAGUACUACCCAUUAUGUGAGUCCUUUCAGAAGGAUGCUCUCUAAAACGGAUUCUGCAGAUUAGAUGGA